AUGGUCGUCGAUGUCCUUCACCCCAACCGCGCAAACGUUUCCAAGGACGAACUCCGUGGCAAGCUCGGUGAGCUGUACAAGGCCAAGAAGGACGAUGUCUCCGUAUUCGGUUUCAAGACACACUUUGGUGGCGGCAAGAGCACCGGCUUCGCUCUUAUCUAUGACAGCGCCGAAGCCAUGAAGAAGUUCGAGCCCCGCUACAGGCUAGUACGCUACGGCAUGGCCACCAAGGUCGAGAAGGCCAGCAGGCAGCAGCGUACGUCUUCCCUGCGUCUAUGCAUGGUGUCGCAAUUAUGGCGAUGGAUCUGCAUGUCGAUACAUGACACAUACUGA